GCGAACCCCGAAAGGGACAAAGCGAUCAGGAAAAUGGAUGGAUGAUUAAGUUUUAUUUCCCCAGGAAGUCCCAUUAAGAUUAAGGAAUCUUUUACAUAGGGGACAAAAAACAAAUCAGCUACAGUUAGAAAAUAAAAAUAUAUAAACUUAUAUAAAAUACUAAGGUUAAAUAGAAGUACUUCAAUAACACUUAGUUAUCAGCUUCAUUAUGUACUUAAAUAUUUCCAACUGCCAUUUAUUUAAUAUGAUUUUGUUUGUGACUGCAGGAAGAAGAGCAUCAACAUCUUCAACAUCUCAGCUGAAGAGACCACGGUGGGCAUAUCUGCUGAGAGACCAACAGAUGCGAGAGACACACCAGAGGACAUUGACAAUGUGCUUGAAGGUCAGGGGGUCCUACAGGAUUUGGACAGUGUUACUGCCAGGUUAUUUGGACUCAUGCAUGCUUUGAACUUCACCUUCCCCCCUGAACUGAAGUGCACUUUUGAAGUUUCCCCAGAAGAUUGUGAUGGAGCUGGAUGCUGAUUUCCUCUAAGAAAGUUCAGGAUUUGAAAAACAGACUGUCAGUGAGCACUGCUGAAGAUGUCCCGCCUCUGGAUGGACUAUUUAACCAUUUCACCCUCUGUUCAGGUUGCAUAUGAGCUUGUUGUUCUGAUUUCUAAAGCAGAUCUUUUUGUUUCCAUGAGUCAACUUGCUUUUUGUGGUAAAUUUUUCUUGUCACAGGUUUAUUUUGAUGCGUUCUGUAAAAGUUGUUGCAUUGCGUUGCAUAGCACUGUUGCAUUUGAUGACAUUUUCAGUUGCAAUGUUUUGCCUUUGAAAAUACACUCCUUUGUAAGUACCAAUUUUGUAUGUUUUUCUUAAAAAAAUGUAAUCUUAAAUAUUGUUAAAAUCUACACUAUAAAUACAUAUUAAUUUCUUAACUGAAGGAAGAAUCCUGCCGCAGAGCCUACUCAUUUGAAUUAAAUCACGUAUAAUAAAAGUAUAAAUAACAUACAAAGAAAACUUAUUUUCCCUCCAAAUAAUAUUUAUUGUACUUGCAGAAAACUUACAUAUAAUGUUUAACUUUCAUAUAUGAAAAGUAUAUGUCUGGAAAUGGACAUAUGAGAAAAAAGUAAAAAAUAUAUAUGACCCAUGUAUAGAACACAUAUAUACCACAUAGACAAUUUCUAAAAGUUAAACAUAUAAUGCUUUUUAAUGUCAUAUAUGAAAAGUAUAUGUCUGGAGUAUAAGAAAAAAGUACAAAAUAUAUAUGACCCAUGUAUAGAACACACAGUUACCUUUUAUGCUUCUUAUAUACCACAUAGAUCAUUUUUAAAAGUUAAACAUAUAAUGCUUUUUAAUGUCGUAUAUGAAAAGAAUCAAAGUGGCCACUUUCAGGGGUUUCUCAUAUAUUGGGCUUAUAAGCCUUAUACAAUUCAUGUAAAUGUGAUACAAGAAUUAGUGCUACAAGUCAUGUAGAUCUUUUAUAUGUUUUUCAUAGAUCUUUUCCAUAUGGAAGUGGUAAUCAGCAAAAAAAAACCUUUCAUUUUUAAUGCAGAAUACUGUAUAUCUUCCAGUUGUGUCCUGUCUUCAAUAAAUUCCAGCUCAAAUAGGUGUUUGUUACUAUAAAAACGUUCCUUUAAGACCCCCACCCCCGAACUCCCGGUCACACAGGCGUGUUAUCAUUUAAUAGAUUCAUCAUUUAAUAGAUAUCAUUGAUAUCCGGCUGUUUUAAGCCUAACUAGCAAUGCCAAAAAUAGAACUAGUUCACUAGUGGAACAUUUUUAUGCUUACUAGUAACCAUAAAAAUGUUCCAUAAAUAAUUUGUUUUAGUGUUUCAAAGGUAAUAUACAAUCAUAUUAAUGAAUAUAGUUCACUCUGAAAGGCUUAAGAAAAAUCCCGGUAGGGCCCCUAUAAGACAGAUUGUGUUUGUUGGUGUUUACCUGGAACCAGAAAUCAGAGAGCAUAUCAGCUGUAUUUUUUGACAUUAAAGAAGGCUUUUAAUACAAUUGAGUAAUUUAGGGAUAAAAUUGAGUUACUUAGGGAUAAGAUGACGCAUGUAUAACCAGCUAAAAAACUUUUUGAUAAAACUAUAAAGGCUAGAGUAAAUAGUUAAUUUUGGACUAAAGUUAAUACGAUAUUUUUUUAAAUUGAAUCAUAGAAAUGAAUACACAUUUUCAGGAUUUUUGCUUUUUUUUGGAAAGGGUCUAGAUUCAUAUUUAUUUUUAGAUAGUUGUCAUUUGUGAGGAGCCAAGCGGAAGGAUGAGCGAAGCACAGAUGUUUUCUUUUGAAAAUAAUUGCUAAAUUGAUUUACAAAAAUAAGUAGAGUUAAACUGGGCCCAUAAAAGAGGUCAACAGACGACAAACUUCAACUCAACGUGAUAAAUGACCUCCAGACAAAUACAAGAGGGAAACAUGUACACUAACUGAUCAAACCAAAACCCCAAAAAGGGUGGGUGACUAAGACAAAUGAGGAAACUUAUUACAAAAACAAAAUCAGUUUUUUUCCCUCUUAACCAAAAUUAACUUUAAAUAAGUAACAUAUAAUUUAACAAAUCUUAUGUAAGAGGUAAAUAAACCUAACACAACUGAAUACAAAAGAAACUCCAAAGUGAAUUCAUACUUUUCUUUAAAUUCAGUGGUUGAGUCCAAUUAAAGCGACUUGGUCCAGCUGAGACCCUCUUCUUGCUGGCCAGGCUCCACCCACAGUGCCUUCCAGGAACAGGUGACUUCAUGGUGUGGCUGCUUUUGCAGCCAUCACAUCAUUGUUCAUUUCUUAUAAGAUGCAGAUUAUUUAUCAAGUAACAAAAAGAAGUCCUCAUUGAUUAUCCUCUUUACUUUAAUCUGUUCAGAUCACUGUAGAACACAAAUUCAGAUUUAACAACUACAAAUGAAUAAUGCUCACAAUAUUCAAUUUUCUUUGGUACUAUUGGUGUUCAAGAUUCACUUACAUGCUUUGCCACAAACCUAAACAAUUUCUCACAGUGUUGCAGACUCUUGCAGAGUUAAGUGUUCUUCAGCAUUAAGUGAAGCCUAAUAACCCCGACAACGUUAAGGUGUGAACAUGUCAGUUUCCUCUUUCACACUCUGAGUAGGAAGAAUUUGUCUAUUUCAGACAAGUGUUGGACUGCCAUUUUGAAUUCUGAGUUUUUCUGUGAGCUGGUAACCCGAUCUACAUCGUGAUAAUCUCUUGCGUUAAUCUCUGGAUUUAGUUUUGUUUUUUUUAACAAAACACGGUUUGUAUCUAUUUCCUAAAAUGAUUUGGUAAAAAAAAAUGCAAAUGUACUUUUAUGAAACUAACCAAAAAAAAAAACAAAUUUCCUCCCCCCCAGAGAUGAAGGAUGAAUGUAGGAGUUUGAUGGCAGCUCUGUCUGUGAACGUGCUGACAGUCUACAUGUUCCUGAGUGUCUUCUUCCUUCCAGGACUUUGGGCUGAAUGUAGAGAAGCAUCACACCUUCACAUUAAUGCACCAAAGAAGCUGGAAGCUCUGAGUGGAUCCUGUUUGAUAAUUCCAUGUAGCUUUGAAACUACACCAGGGAAAAAAGGACAGAAGUUUAACAACAGCAGAGAAAUCUUUGGACUGUGGAUUAAAAAAAAUCCUGCUUUUUUGGAAAAUCCAAACAAUGUGAUUUUCAACAGCAGGAAGAAGGAAAACAUCUAUCCAAUGACGAUCAUUGGAAACAUGACACAGAAAAAUUGCACCACUUUGUUUUCUAAUCUGACCACAAAAUAUACAGAAAUAUAUUAUUUUAGGAUUGAAAAUGGAGAAUUUGAAGCAGUCGAUCGUUGUAAAACUGAGAUAAAAAUUCAAGAUUCUCCUCAGAGUCCCAGCAUUGAAAUCCCAGCUGAUCUGAAGGAGAAGUCGUCUGUCUCCAUCACCUGCUCGGCUCCCACUCCCUGUCCUCACUCCCCUCCUGAACUCACCUGGAAUCUCCAAGCAGACUCUCAGAGACAAACGGAGACAAACACAGAUGGAAGCUUUACAACUAAAAUCCAGAAGACCAUCACUCUGUCAGACACUCAUGAUGGAUUCACCAUCAGAUGUUCUGCCAGAUAUCCUGUGAAUGAAGGACCACCAAAGACAGCAGAGACACUAAAGACUCUCAGUGUUUCAUAUGCUCCUAAGGACACUUCAGUAUCCAUCAGUCCAUCAGCUUCAGUAUCUGCAGGUAUCUGGGUGAAGAUGACCUGUUCCAGCAGAGCUAAACCUGCGGUCAUCAACUUCAUCUGGUUCAGGAGCAGCAAAGAUGGAGACCAGAAAGUAGCUGAAGGAGAAUUUUACAGCCUGAAUCCAGCAGAAGGAGGAGCUUUUUACUGUGUGGCCACAAAUGAUCUGGGGAGCCAGACAUCUCCAAAGAUUGAUCUGAUAGUUGAAGAUACUAAGCAGUUUGGGGUCGUCUUUGCUUCAUUGAAGAUUCUGGGAGUCUUAAUGCUUUGUGCAGCAAUCAUCAUUUUUCAGAGUUGGUUUCAAUGCAGAUUCUACAACAAACCUGAGAAGGAUCAUCACAGUCAUACUCCUGCUGAAUCAAUACAGGACUCAAAUGAAGAAGACUGAUGGAGUAGUGAUGGAGACCCAAACAUCUGCAGACAUUACAACCAGACCAGGUUGAAGUGCCAGUUGGCUGGUUCAGAUCCCAAGAUUGGCAAAAGACCCUUUAGAUUACAUAUUUUUCUUUGUGACUAAAUGUAAAUGUUGUGCAGUACAUUGUAACAAAUAAAAAUUAUGCAGCACAGCAUCAAUUUAGCUUAUUUACACAAAUGAGACAGACAAAGAAUGGACAUUUUCUUUGAAAAUUGAUAUAUUCUGAAGUUUUUUAGUACAGAAGAACAUAAAAAGUGUUACCGUGUGGACCAAACAAGACAAGACCAGAACAGCAUCAUCAGUUGUAAAGAAAAACAAAAAAACAUUUGUUUUCAAAAAUGUCCAGAUAAACAAGACUGGCCCCAUAGAAGAGGAUAAAAUAAAAAUACUAACUUAAAGUUUAAAUUAUACAGAGGACAACUCAACAACCUGACAUUCCUAAAUACCAUGUAUAAUCUCGUUUUGUGGUUUGAUGGUAAUGUCUGGUGAAAGUUUUGUAUCAGUGUGUCAUUUAGAAAUCCUCUUACUGAUGAAAAUGCUGAUG